AUGGCGACGACGGGCACGGGGUACGGCUGCUCGGCGGCGCUGUCGUUACCGGGGAGGGGGAGCCCCUUCCCCGUUCGUUCGCCCCCGUCCCCCGCUUACCUCGCCUCCUCCAUUCCCAAGCUCAGAACUCCCGCUCCUAGUCCUAGCGGUUGUGUUGCUCCAUGCAGCCUAAGGGUUUCAUAUCGUCCUAGGCGACUGUAUGUCUGUGCGUGCUCCGGCGACGUUGAUCCGGACUCCUCGGCCGCGUCACCGGCGGAAGCUAGUUUUGAUAUAAAGCUUCCUAGAAGAAGCUUGCUUAUUCAGUUUACAUGUAAUAAAUGUGAUGCAAGGACAAAACGUUUGAUAAACAGGGUGGCCUAUGAAAGAGGAACAGUUUUUCUUCAGUGCGCAGGGUGCCAGGCGUAUCACAAGUUUGUUGACAAUCUUGGUCUAAUUGUUGAAUAUGACCUACGAGAUGAAAAUGGGGUGAACACUUGUACUGAAGACUGA